AUGGCAGAGCCGGACCGGCGACGACGAAGACCCACUGUAAGGCGCAAGAUUAGAUGCAAUCGAGAGGCUCCCUGUGCAAAUUGCAUCAAGUCCGGAAAUGAAGAGUGUACUUACGAGAGCCAUUCGACUCCUAUCGUGCGCCAGCGCUCCACGCGCCGUGGCGAACCUGAUACAGUGGGGGAUCCUUCACACGACAUGAGUACACUGCCAGUGCAGUCCCGGCAUGGGCCGAGCUCACUUGCUGGCAUAUCUUCCAGCACCACAAAUUCUGCUAGCGUUCCAUCGGUUUGGGAGAUGGAGUCCAUGAGAACCAAGAUCAGACGACUUGAGGAGCAGCUUGCCAGAGCAACACCAAUAUCAGCUCAAGCUACUAGCACCACCCCUAAGCCUAACGUAGAGACGACGAAAUCAACCUUGGCAGGAACCUUCCACUUGCAUCAUGAGGGUGGUGCUUCUGGUCAGCCUCAGGAUAUCACGCGAGGUAUCACACAUAAGACACGCUCAUUUGGCCAAAGCCACUGGAUCAACAUGCUUUCACAAUUCCGAGACAUAAUCGAUGUGAUUGAGCCUCUUAUAAGGCAGGAGAACUGCAAGGUUUACCCUACGUUGCAGAAGUGCAAGUCAUUAGCCAGGACGAUCAAAUCCAGUCGAACUCCUCCGUGGCCAACGGUGCCUACAACCGAUCUGCCCUCCAAAGGUGUGGCUGAUGAACUUGUGGACCGCUACCUCCAGACCCUAGAAACUGUGUAUCGUAUCCUGCACGUGCCUUCCUUCAAACGUGAUUACGAAUCAAUAUGGGUCUCUGAGACGAAACCGAACCUGGCAUUCGUCGUCCAGGUCAAGCUGGUGCUUGCCAUCGGAGCUUGUACCUAUGACGACCGAUUCUCACUCAGGGCUUCGGCAAUUCGGUGGAUUUAUGAGGCUCAAACAUGGGUAUGUGAGCCUAGCUUCAAGGCCCGACUGGACAUUCAGUUCCUCCAGACCAACCUCCUCUUGCUGUUCGCCCGGGAAUUAGUCAAUGUUGCUGGAGACUCUGUCUGGGUCUCAGCUGGAGAGGUGUAUAGACGGGCCAUCACGAUGGGGUUGCAUAGAGAUCCUUCACGGCUGCCUAACAGGUCGGUGUUCUCCUCGGAAAUGCAUCGAAGACUCUGGAACACGCUGCUCGAGUUGGCCCUUCAGUCAAGUCUAACUUCCGGGGGCCUCCCGCUCAUCUCGCUGGACGAUUUCGACACGCAGCCGCCCGGCAAUUUUGACGAUGAUCAACUUAUAGCCGACGAGCCUGUCCCGAAGAAGGAGAGCGAAUUCACUCAGAUGUCUUGCGCUAUUGCUCUGCGCCAGACAUUUCCCCACCGCCUUGCGGUCACCAAAUUCCUGAAUGACAUCAACUCAUGCGGCACGUACGAAGAGACACUUCGCCUGGAUUCCAAUCUAAGAGCGUCACACAGAGUCUUGGCAAAGAGCCUUCAGAAGUGCAAGGCGGGUACGGGACCUUUGUCCUCAAACUUUGAUCGGAGCUUUGUAGACUUGAUUAUGCAUCGCUAUUUGUUCGCUCUACACUUGCCUUUCGUUGGCCCGACCUUACGCGACAGCACUUACGCCUUCUCUCGAAAGGUAGUCACUGAAAGGGCGGUUAGGAUAUGGUGUGCGGUCUACCCACCCUCUUCUGCGCAUCUCCCUGUUGCUCACGCUAAUGUGAGCUCCCCAUUACGAAACGACUUGCGGCGACUGUCAACCUGUAGUUCGGGAUUCUUUCGCUCGGUUGCCUUCCAAGCCGCUAAAUAUACACAUUCGGAACUUCGGAUGCAACUUGAUGAAGAUGACGGUCUAGGUCCGUCGUUUCUACGGCCAGACCUACUGGCAAUAGCCGCCGAUACCGCAGCAUGGAGCCUACAGUGCCUCGAAGCUGGGGAAACGAACGUCAAAGGGCACUUGUUCGCGGUAAUGACCUAUGCUCAACUUGAAGCACGCAGGCGAGGCGUCGCUGAAGAUGAAAUGCCCCAAACCCUGGUUCAGGCUGCCGAAGGAGCUGCCGAGGUGUCCUUGCAGGUGCUGGAGAGAAUGUAUGCAUCAAUCCGGGAUAGAGAAACGGCUGUGCUCCAACCAAUGGCUUUGAAUACUCCUUCGGAGGUGGACUGGGAUUUCAUGAUGGCUGAUUCCAUAUUCGAUGCUAAUAACAUGGAGCAAAUUAACUGGAUCAUGAGCGACGAAGCUUUUGGAGAAUUACCAGACUCGGUGCAGUUUCAUGAUACGUGGCAUGCGCUACCAGAAUACUACUUGCAAGCAGCCGUUCCUCAUAAGAUUAACCAAACCCACGAGCGAUCGCCUGAUCUUGCAGCAAAGGCAGAAAUCAUGUGUGUGGCCAACAUCUUAUCGGAGUGCGAGACCUGCGGCGAGGUACAGCUACAGAACGUAGAAGCCUGCGACCAGGCUCCCAACUGCGUCCCAAGCUCAACACCGUCGUCAUGGAUGGGUUCGGUUGAUGGAGUCAGUGUAAAGUCUUACGUGCGGCUCGGUCGAUGUCCUUUGUGUGAGGCCCGACUUGGCCCCGACCCGAAGAUUAAUGAGCUGCGACAAGAGGUUAAGCGGUCCCCAGCCGCUUUAAGUAUUCUCUCGCGCCCGUCACAGUCUUCGGACCCUUAUGGGUCGGAGCAACACCGAGUCCCCUUGGAUCAGGUCCUGGUGAUCGUAAUCCCAAAGGUGUGUGGACAAACGUCAUGCGACCAACAGACAAGGAUCACCCAGAGCGCCAUGGCGCCGAUACGAAUUCGUGCGCGUCAAUCUGAGAAUUCCGACGAGCCGGAGAUCGACUUCGGCCCCUGGGGCCAGUUCGGCAGGCUACCGUCAAUGGAGCAACUGCUUCUACAGUGCAUGAAGGCUGAUGAUAAGGCUGAUGAUUAA